AUGGCGGACCAAACCGUUGCUCUCAUUGACCAACUAAGCAGCCUGAGGUCUAAGCUAGCUUCAGGCGAGGAUGAUUACAAUUCUAGGACCGAGGCGUUACGACUGACCAAAAGAAUUACUGCUGGUCUUGAACAGCCCGAAACCGCCGCGUUGGAGCUCGCGUAUACUCCAUUUUUUGCCGUUGCCGCCAGAAUUGCAGAUGGACUCAAUCUCUUCAAACAUAUCGCAAACCACGGAGGACCAAUAUCCUCUGAGAAGUUGGCAGCCAUUUCCCAUGGCGAAGAGUUGCUUAUUGUGCGAACGUUAAGGCUCCUGGCAACCGUUGGUUUUGUGAACGAGGUAGGCUUUCAGAAGUGGGAAGCUACGGCUAUUACCAGGGCCAUGGCGACAGAUGAGAUUGCAGCUGGACACCGAAUGGUCGGAGAGAUGAUCGUGGAAGCCGUGCAAAAUGCACCUAAGUAUUUCCGUGAGGCUGGCUACCGUUGCCCUACAGAACCUCGCGAUGGCCUGAUGCAAUACGCAUUCCAGACGAAGUUGACAACAUUUGAGUUCUUCAGCUCAAUGCCUUGGGUCUUAAAGGAUUUCAACACUUUCAUGGGGAAUACAAUGGGUGGGAGGAGAUACUGGACCGACUGGUUCCCAGUCCAGGAGCGCCUGCUUGAUGGAGCGAAUGAGACAUCGGCACUACUGGUGGACGUCGGUGGCGGCAAGGGCCAUGAUGUGCUCGCAUUUCUUGCAAAGCACCCAGAGAAAGGACGACGUCUUAUUCUCCAAGAUCUAGCCCCUGUGAUUAGCGAUCUGGAGUGCGUCGACUCGGCUAUUGAGCGCAUGACUUAUGAUUUUUUCACGGAGCAACCCGUCCAAGGUAACGCCAAUCGCCAUUUCUUUGCCUCAAGCUUUCUCAAUGGCCUGGGUACUAAAAGUGACACAGGUGCGCGGGCUUACUUUUUUCAUCACAUCUUCCACGACUGGUCUGACAAGUACUGCUUGAAGAUCUUGGAGCAGGUCCGAAAAGCAAUGGCGCCUGGGUACUCAAAGCUUAUCAUUCACGAGUUGAUCAUACCAGAGCAGAACGCUGACAGGUUUUCUGUCGGUUUUGAUAUGAUCAUGAUGGCUUUCAAUAGUGGUAUGGAGCGCACAGAGAGACAAUGGAAAGGGCUGCUAAGCCGAGCUGGUUUUCAGCAUAUCAGAGCCUGGCCAGCCCCUGAAGCAGGGGCAGAUAGUGUUGUUGAAGCGAUGAUCGAGGAGCAAUGUGAAAUGCGAUAA